UUAUUAUUAUUAUUAUUAUUAUUAUUAUUAUUAUUAUUAUUAUUGUCUAUUUAUUUUAACCGACUUAUCCAAAGUUAAAAAGAACUGUUUACUUGACUUUACAUGAUGGAUAAUAAUUUUACAAAAAGUCUAAAUCCAAGUCAAGAAGAAGAGAUAACAAGCAUUGAUGCUCAACUUGAACAUGUAAAUAAAAUAUUAAAAUGGACAAUAGCAGAUUUGGAAAAGUUUAUUAAUACAAUUAAAGCAAGAAUUUCUGCAGAAGAGACUUAUCUUAUUGCACUAGUCAAAAUUGUAAAACUAAAUAAUUAUGGAACAACAAUGUCAGAGAAUAAUUCGAGUCAAAAUCAUAACAAUUUGAAUGUUAAUUCAGGACCAAUAACAGAAAAUAGUACAACUUUUGAAAAUUAUUUUACGACUUUUCAAAAGGCAACAUCUCAAUAUGAAACAUCGAUAGAAAAGACAAUUGAAAUACGACGUGGAUUCAUUUCAUGUUUAAAGAACCAAGUAGAAUUAUUAACAAAAGUAAAAGAAUCACAUGAACAAAGGAGAAAGAAAGUGAAAGCUGUACUUUCAGAAAAGAAUACAAAUUACAUCAAUUUUCGUACACGCGAUAUUAUCAAGUUACAUAGAGCCUAUUUUAAUAAAUGUACCGAAUACGCAAACCUUCAACAACAAACUUUAAUAUCUUCACAUGAAGAAAUGAUGAAUGAUCAACAUCAUUUAUCUCCACAAAUGAUGAGAAUAUCUUCAGAUGAAACCCGAUUAUCCAUUGAUAGUAUACGAGAUGAUCAUUCCAUUUCUUCUCAUGAAACAACAUCAUCACCGUCUUAUAAAAAGAACAGUAUGUCAGGUUUUAUUACUCAAAUGAGAUCACAACUUGCAAAUGCAGCAGCAGCAGGAGAUCCUUCUAAAUUAGCAGCAAGACUUGCAAAAUUAAAGAAAGAUAUAAAUGAAACAGAUAAUGAAUAUAGACACGGUAUUAGAAUAUUAGAAUUUUUACGUAAAAAACAAAUUGAAACAGCCAUUCAUGCAAUGAGACAUGUCGAAGCAAUAUUACUAGGAAAAAUAGACGUUGUGAAAGGUGUGAUGAUAAUGAUUCAUAAACAAGAAGAGGACAUAUUAUUGAAUGAAAUUAAAUUGGUUAAAGAUACCUUGAAUACUGCACAAGAUAUAGACGGUAAAAAGGAUACAGGACAAUUUCUAAUAGAAUAUGAUAAACUAGGAUUUAUAAAACCAAGACAAAUAUAUUACGAUAAUUAUUAUUAUGGACGUUGCAAAGAUAUUCUAUUUGGAUCUAAUCUAAAUGAAUAUGCGUUAGAACAUAAUCGUACUGUACCUUUAUUAGUCACUAAAUGUAUUCAAUCAGUAGAGACACAAGGUGGCUUAGAAAGAGAAGGCAUAUAUCGAGUGUCGGGUAGACAAAGCAGUAUCGAUCAAUUAAAAAAUGAAUUUGAAAAGGAUGAAGAAGCAGUCGAUUUAGAUUCAAAGGAUGUAUUUACUGUGGCAUCUGUGUUGAAGAUCUAUUUGCGUGAAUUAAAACAACCUUUAUUUAGUCUAACAAUGAAAGAAAGGAUAGAAUAUUCAACUAUUCAAGAUAGUCAGCAACGUAGAAACAUACUUCAAACUAAAUUAGCUGAAUUAUCCAGUCCACAAAGAGAUACACUUUCAGUCGUUAUUGCCCAUUUAGCAAAAGUUGAAAAGUACUCUCAUGUCAAUAAAAUGACAAUGAAAAAUCUAUCCUUUAUAUUUACACCAGCCUUAUUUCAUGAUCAUAAUCAAGCUGAAAAUGCAGGUGAAUGGUACGCUGAUAAGGUCAUAGAUGAUUUGAUACUUCAACAUGAGACUUUAUUUGUGGAUGCAGAAAACCAAUCAAAGGAACAAGCUACUAUGAUGGCCAAUCAAAUACCUCCUUCAUCUGGAAGUGUUCUUAGUUUACCGUUUUCAAUCGUAGGUAAUAAUAUCGUACGUAGACAAUCAUCUCUCUCUACUCAUACUACUUCAAAUCAUCAUGGUGAAGUGACUAGACGACCUAGUUUGUUAAAAUCAUCCUCUUCCAACAUACCACCAAAUACGCAUCAUAUAUAAUUAAUGUAAUAUUUAUUAACGCUACUACUUCAUACACACCUAUACGUAGAUGUAUAUCUAUUCUAUUUCAUUCGUAUACACAUCUAUUUUGUUUCAUAAUAAAAAAGACAUCACAACAUAUUAUAUAAUAAAUAGCAUACCGUAG